ACGUGACCGCCGAAGCACCCGCCACGUGACAAAACCGGGAAGCGGGGCGGCGUUCAAAGCGGUAGGCUGUGAGUGUUACCCGGUUACCUCAGGCAGCGGGUUACCAAGGCAACCGGUUACCGGGACGACCAGUUACCAGGGCAACCGGCUACCGUAGCGACGGCUUAUUAGGACGACGCGUUCCCACGGCGACCAGCCAGCGUCAUAUUCGGUGAGGAGGGUCACUCUCUGUGCUCUGAGGAAGUUCUGUUUUUCUCUCAAGUCACGUGCAUGCGUGGCUUGGUGCGUUGUUGACAGACACUUGGAAGUACUUCAAACUCAUCCGCAAUGGCUGGUGACAUCACCGAUACGGGAGAACUCUACUCACCUUUUGUGGGGCUGGUGUACAUGUUUAACCUGAUCGUGGGGACUGGAGCACUCACGAUGCCCAAGGCCUUUGGCAUGGCUGGUUGGCUCGUCAGCCUCUUCCUCCUCAUCCUCCUCGCCUUCAUGAGCUUCGUGACCACGACGUUUGUUGUUGAAGCUAUGGCGGCAGCAAACGCGCACAUCCGCUGGAAGAGCAGCGAGGAGAAGAAGGAGCACGAUGACUCUGACUCGGAGGACUCGGAGCGGCCGGGCAGCACCGAGGUGAUGAGCUCGACGGGCAGCAGUGGCACGAGCCUUAACCGGGAUGACCGCUUCGGAGGCCGGGCCGAGAGACGACCUCUGCUUAGCCCUGAAACUGAAAGUCCUACCUUACGGAGGCCCGAUCUGUUUGAUAUCACACAGCGUGCCGAGAUGGGUCAGAUGGCCUCCAUAUUCUUCAACAAAGUGGGCCUGCACCUGUUCUACCUGUGCAUUGUCAUCUACCUGUACGGAGACCUGGCCAUUUACGCCGCCGCCGUCCCACACUCGCUGGCCUUCGUCGCAUGUGGAAACCUGUCUCGCACAAACAUAUCAAGCAAAAUCCUGGACUCGGAUCCCUGUUGGGGCACCAUCACACGUGGGAACGCCUAUCGCAUUUUUUUGGCAGCCUUUCUCCUCCUCCUGGGCCCAUUCACCUUUUUCAACGUGCAAAAGACAAAGUACCUGCAGAUCCUCACGACGCUAAUGAGGUGGAUAGCUUUCAUCAUGAUGAUCGUGCUGGCGAUCCUGCACAUUAGCAAGGGCGAGGCGCAGGGCCACCCGGCCAUCGGGACUCUGAGCGGCGUGCCGAACCUGUUCGGCGUGUGCGUCUACUCGUUCAUGUGCCAGCACUCGCUGCCAUCGCUGCUCACGCCCGUGUCCGACAAGCGGCGCCUGGGCUGCGUGACGCUCUCGGCCUAUGCCCUGGUGCUGGCCUUCUACAGCCUGCUGGCGUUCACAGCCGUGUUCGCGUACCCCACGGGCGCGCUGCAGGACCUCUACACCCUCAACUUCCUGGCCGACCCCUCCGCGCCGAUCGGGGUCCGCUACUUCCUGGGCCUCUUCCCGGUGUUUACCAUCAGCACCAACUUUCCCAUUAUCGCUGUCACGCUCCGCAACAACCUGCGCUCCAUCUUCCUGCGCGACGGCACGACGUACCCCUGGCUGGUGGAGUGCGUGGUGUUCCCGCUGGCCGCCGUGCUGCCGCCCGUGGUCAUCGCCUUCCUCACGCACGACCUCGAGUGGCUGGUGGGCGUGACGGGCGCGUACGCCGGCGCCGGCAUCCAGUACGUGACGCCCGCCUUCCUGGCCCUGUCCUCGCGCCGGCACGUGGCGGCCAUCCUGCCGGGCCGCGGCGGGCAGAGCACGCACCUCUCGCCCUUUCGCCACCGCCUCUGGGCCUACUUCAUCCUGGGCUGGGCCGCCUCCUGCAUCGUGUUCGUCACGGCCAACAUCAUCAUCAACGACGGGCGGCGCUGAGCGGGCGGGCCGGCUGGGCGGGCCUAGCCGCAACCGAAAGGUGGUUGACGAAGAUAGGGUUUCAGAGGAGAGGGGUGCAAUACGGAGGAGGUGAUGGGAUAAUAUACUACUCACUUGUUUGCUCCGUUAGGGAAGAAAAUUUGUGAUGUUUUGUAGAUGGCUGCCUUUCGGUUUUUGUGGCGGGGGGGGGGAGGGUCCAUUUGAAGGUUUUCAGUGAUUUAGCACCAAAAGGAACAGUUUUUGCAAUGCAGGGCUUGCGUGGGCUUAAGGUCGUUUGAAAAAUUCAGGUAAAAAAAGGCUUGAGCCAUGCACUUUGCAAUCAUUGGCCUUACUCAGCCUUGUUGUAAUACGGAGGCGUCAGUGUGUCUCGCUUCACUCAAAAGUCAUCGGUGGAUCCUUCAGUAGCUCCUCGAAACCAGUCACCAGUUCAGCUCCAUACACACUCGUGGUUGGUGAAACGUGCAAUUCUGCGUGUGAAAUUUCAACAAUUACGUUUGGUUGAUAUCUGUGUGUACGUGUGUGCACCUAUACAUGAACGUGAUCUUAUUGAAAUGUUACGCUUUCUCACAGGAGACAACGUGUCUGUCUGUCUGUCACCGAUGCAUGGCUUCGUACAUUCAGAUACCACAUGUGGAUAACAAAAAGAUCAAUACUAUGGCCCCAUCUGAUGGGAUGUACCAGUGCCUUUGGAAAUAAAAUGCAUUCUGUAAAACGAAA